CCCAGAAGCUGCAGCCUUGUCUGCCUCAAGGCACUGGUCCAGGCCUAGACCAGCCUUGACAAGCUGGACAAGGACACAGGACUAGACUUGCCUUGUCCUUUCAUUGGACCUCCAAAGCUACACAGAGAAGCCCUGUCUUGAGAUCCUGCCCCCCAAAAAGUCUUCCAGGAGCCCAGACACCAGCACCUCAGAGACUUUGGUUACACACCCUACACUCCCUGAGACCUUGUGGCACAGCCGGUUCACCUGUCUCCCUUCAGCUCCACAGAAGCCACCCCAGACCUUCCAGAUGCUGUCUUCCCUCUGCUGACACCAGGGACCUCAACUCAACAUAGCCACCUCCUCCAUUUUUGGGCAACUACAACUUCAACUAUGGUGUCCUGAGUUCAGGACAGGUUCAGUGGCAGCAGGGCCCGGUGAGUACUCCCCCUCUUCCUCCUGCUCGCCCUCCUGCCUUCACUUUCCUCUCCCUCCACUGCGAGAGGCAUCUGCUUCUCCCCAUGUGACCCACCGCCUGUCAGCACUGUGGCCAGCUUCCCUAGGAACCGACGCUCCAGCUGUGCGCCAGAGGUCACUGGUUCUGCCCCUCCCCCAGUCUUUCCUCUCUGUGGCUCGGUUCUGGGGUCCGCCAUGUCACACAGUGUCUGCAGGGAGUCUUCACAGUUAUAGAUGUGAACAGUCGAGAGUGCAAUGUCACCCUGACACAGGAAAGGGUCCCCUUGGGCAGAGCUGAGUAGAAUCUGCUUACAGGUUGGGGCCACCACUGCCACCAGCCAGGUGCCUAGGUAAGUGACACAGGGGGGUCGUAGGCCCCAGCUGACCAGGGUCCCCCACAUUUGGAUCUCCCUGAGUGACUCUAGAUAACCUGUCCUACCAGCUCUCCAGCAAGGGUUAAUAAUCAGGCUUGAUUGUCUUACCUGCCUUGGCUGUGGGGGUCAAGAACCACUGGUGGGCGGAGCAAGCAUCUGCAGGGACCCCGUGUUUCAACACACCUGUCUCAUUGCCUCUGCUGCUAGAAAUGCCCGUUUUUAUGGGUUCCUUUAGUUGUAGGGUAGUAGCCCAUAGUUAAGGGCAGAUGGUUUAUUAUUUACCAGGGAGAGAGUAAAGCCUUGUGCUAGAGUGGGUGGGAUGAACCCAAACCAGUCUAUCUAUCCAGAUGCCCCAGUUUGGAGAGAAAAGGUUCCAAGCCCAUCUUUCCUGCCUGGCCCAGAGACUUGGAGACACAGGCACUCUUUCUUGAAGGCUCAGGAGGAGGGAGAAGACGAGGAUAAAUAUGAGGUGCCCCCCUGCGAAGUUCCGUCCCUCAGUCUGGCCCACGCACAGUCUCUUGACUCCAAGGAGGACUCCUUGUAUCUGGAUCGUCCUGAGCCCCUGGGUCCAUCCAAGCCAUCAUCACCCCUGCCUCAGCCCACCGUGGCCAGAGGCCUCCCCACAAAUCCUACCCGCCCUGCCUCUGGCUACCAUUUCCCGCUGAAGACAGCAAUGACCCUGCAGCCUGCAACCCCAAAGCAGAAGCCUGUUUUUGGAAGUCGAGGCCGAGGUGCAACUGCUACAGUGGUAACAGACCUUGCAGAGAAACAUGACGAAGACAUCUACCUGGAGUGUGAACCAGAUCCACUCCCAGCCUUGACUAGGACUUCAAGCUCCAAAGUCCUGAUACCCCCGGUCCCUCUGCCAAGAACAUCUGGAUUGUCCAGGCCCAUGGUUGGUCACCAGGAGGCUCGGAAUGGAGCAUUGGAAGCCUCGUUGAAAGCAAGAAGGAGGCUGUCUGCUCCCUCUGUAGUCCCUGCCCUGAGCACCUUUGCCACUGAGGAGGGAAGCCUUCUGGGUCAGCCUUGGUACUCGGGGAGCUGUGACCGUCAAGCUGUGGAGAGAGCCCUGCUUCACUUCCAGAAGGAUGGAGCCUACACUGUGCGCCUCAGCUCUGGGCCUCACGGUUCCCAGCCCUUCACUCUGGCAGUGCUCCUCAGGGGCCGUGUCUUCAACAUCCCCAUCCGGCAACUGGAUGGCGGCCACCACUACGCCCUGGGCCGGGAGGGCAGGAAUCAUGAGGAGCUCUUCCCCUCUGUGGUGGCCAUGGUUCAGCACUACAUGAAGCACCCACUGCCCCUUGUGGACGGACACAGUGGCAGCCGGGGAUUCACCUGCCUGCUCUUCCCCACCAAGCCCUGAAGAAACAGUGAGGCACAAAUCCACCUUCCGCACACAGUGUGUGCCUUCAGCUUCCCCUUCGGGCUGCUUUAUUUCCACUCCAAAGGCCCGGCAGGUUCGAGACACCUUGAGAAGGGCUGCCUGGGGAGGCUGCCUCUCCUUAGACAGACAAGGGAAUUCUGUACUGACUUCUCUUGGGGGAUUAACACACGCUGGAAGCAACUAGUUUGCCAGUGUACAGGAUACCUUCAGUAAACAUUUAUUGGCUGAAUUCUUUUUAA